AUGGCGGAGUACGAUGUCGACCACCUGAUAUCUUUAAUUUACGAACGUCCCGUCCUUUGGGACAAAACUAUAUCACAAUUCAAAGACAAAAAUUUAAAAACAGAAGCAUGGAGGGAAGUGUGUACAAGUUUAUAUUCAAAUUUUGAGGAGUUAAAUACUGUUGAAAAAUCAAAAAUCGGUAACGAUGUCAUAAAAAAAUGGAGAGGAAUCAAGGAUAAUUUUACAAAAUACGAAAAAAAAUUAAACGAGCAAUGUAAAUCCGGAGCUGGGGCCAAAAAAAUUAAACAAUAUCAUCUAUACGACCAGCUCCUAUUUCUGAAAAAGAAUUUUCAAAAUAAAACAACAUCAAGUCUUGACGAUGAAGAAAUAAGACCAAGCACCUCAACCCAACAAAGCCAGCAACCUGUCAUGCCACGUUACCAGCCUGCAUCGCGUAAAAGAAAAAUUGACGAAGACGAAUUUGAGAAGAAUAUUAUAGCUGCUUUAAAAACACCUGAAAGUAGACAUUUAUCUUUUUUUAAAGGAAUUUUGCCAUCAUUGGAAAAAUUGAAUGAUAAUCAAACAAUAAUUUUCCAAAGUCGUGUCCUACAGAUAUUAACUGAUUUACACCAACCAUCAUACUAUCCCAGCCACUAUCAAACUUCACAAACAUCCGUCCAAGCAAACUAUCAAACAUCUCAAACAACUGUUCAGACUGGCUAUCAAACAGCUCAAAUGUCUAUGCAGAGUGGCUACCAAACAUCCAUUCAACGCAGUGCCUUCCAAAGCGGAUGCGAAACAUCACCGGCACCUAUGCAAUCGUCUCCACAAACGCCAAGGAAUGAUGAUGCAAAUGAGCCAGAACAAAUUAAUUUCGAUGAGGAACUAACAAAUUUGACGAAUGACACACAAUCGGAAUACGAGUUUUGAAUAACACUAAAUUGUGAAAAUGAUUAAACAGUAUGAUUA